AUGAGACUCGAGUCUGCAGCAGAUGAAGGUAAACUAUCUCUUGAAGAUAUCAUGAGAGUGGUUACCGAUAUAAGAGAUAGCCAAGCAAAAUAUGAGAAAAGUUUUAAUAAGGCCUGUGAAUCAAUGGACUCACAGCUCAUAGAGAACACCAAGGCUCUUAAAGCACAACAGGAGCAGAAUGAGAAACUUAAUCAGCUGAUUGAGUCUAUCACAUCGGAGAACAAGGAGCUGAAGAAGAAGGUGAGAGCUCUGGAAGAUCGUCUGGAGAACAUAGAGCAGUACUCUCGCAGUAACUGUGUGGAGAUUCAAGGAAUCCCUGUAACUUCCAAUGAAGAUGUGUUGACCAUCGUGAAGGACGUCGGCAAGGCACUGGACUUAACCGUGUCUGACACUAUGUUCGUUCGUCGACUGGACAAGGAGGAGUUUCUACAGAGGCGACGUGUGAAGAGGACCCUCUCAACUCGUCACAUCGGUGCAACUGAUGACCGUCCCAUCUACGUCAACGAGUCUCUAUCACCGGCGAGACGGGCGCUGUACGCUCUGGCGAGGAAGUAUCAGCGCGAGAAAAACUUCAAGUUCCUCUGGGUGAGAAACGGCAAGAUCUUCCUCAGGAAAGAAGAAAAGGCGCCAGUCAGAGUUAUCACACGAGAGGAGGACUUGGACUAA